AUGUAUAAGUUUGUAAAUUUUCGAUCAAUUUACUCAAUGGCAAGAAAUGUUAGGAUAGUAAACAAAUUAAAAAAGACCCCAGAGGCUGCUUAAUAAUUUUCUAUGGCUUAUGAAGAUAAAAACGAUGAUGAUGAUGUGAUCGGAAGUCUCAAUGAUAUAAAAUUAGAAUAAGACACAAUCCUUAAGGACUCAAAAAAACCAGACAUUAAUUUAAUUAAAGAAACUGUUUUGUUUGAUGGAGAUGAUCCUUAUUAUGAAAAAGUUGUUGAUAGGCCUGAUAAAGGAACUGUUUGGGGAUUGUAGGGUGAGCUAGUGUAAUAAAGAGACAUUUUAUUUGAUCCUAAUGAAUAAUUAGACAUUUACAAGCUAAUUUCUUUUUUGGAAAUCAAUUAAAUUAAAGACAUUGUACAUUAUGAUUUGGAAGAGUAUGGAAAACAAUUACCUUAAAGGUAUGGUAUAGUCGGAACAAUGUAUUCUAGCAACCAUGGUUGGAAAGUUUGUAAGGAAUUAGUAAAAGGAUUUAUGAUCAAAUACUAAAAAGAAUAAGAAGAAAUCAAGAACUUGAAUUUACGGUUGGGCAAUGAAGCAAUGGAUGCUGAACCUGAUUAGAGAGGAAUUAUGAAUUUAAAAAGACUUCAUCAUUUGGGUACAGGAACUUAUGGGAAGCCUUAGAUUAGUGGAUAAAAAGAUGAUGAAUGGUUAAUGGUCUAUUAUAAGUAAUAUAUGAUUCACUUGUUGACUGAAGAUAGUAGAUAAGAGGUUGACAUUGAGGCUAAAUGGAUAUAUUAACCUACAGAGGAACACAUGGACGAAUAUGAUAAAUUAAUGGUUGCCACUAAAACAGGAAAUAGAAGAUUUUUCGAACCCCUUGAUAAUUGAUUUAGAAUUAAUUGUAUAAAAAUCUAUUUCAUUUUUAAGUUA